AUGUGUGUCGCGUCGUUGCGGCCGUGCCUGCUUGAGACUAUGCUAGCCCAGACCAUCAGUCAUCACGGCAGGCACUUACGGUAUUAAGAAGAGAUGAUGCGAGGCUCGUAUCGCCGGACAAGGAGUUAAGUGGAAAACUGAGGAAAGUUCAGAGCGUUUCCCUUAGACUGCCUUUCUGCUGUUGCAAUGAGCAUUUUGGAAGCUGGGGAUAAUUCAAAUUGGGCUAAGCAGACAAAUUCUCUGCAAGUUCAAUUGGCAACGUCGUCGAACAGAGGCCGAAAGAUUCCACAAGGCGGCCACGUUGAGGGCAUGGAGAACAAACGAUUCAAGGGAACCGUUCGGGAGACCCUUCUUCCCAGUGUUUCCUCCUCUAUCUAUGACAGCCUCGCUGAAAGUAACCAUGCCCCCCCUGAAGAACCUCGUUCUGAAAGGAGCCGUUCUGUUCAUGGAUGCACUGUAUCUUUCCACAAUAUCAGCUACACGGUCAAGACCAAAGAAGAUGGCAAGAGAAUAAACAAAAUCAUUCUCAAUAAUGUCAGUGGUAUAUUUGGACCAGGAAUGAAUGCUAUUCUUGGGCCAACAGGCAGCGGGAAAACAUCACUCCUGGACACCCUGGCAGCAAGGAAAGACCCGAAGGGCUUGACAGGAACUGUGCUUAUUGAUGGGAAAUCUCAGCCUAAAAACUUCAAACUAGUCUCUGGCUAUGUUGUUCAGGACGAUGUUGUCAUGGGAACUCUAACCAUCCGAGAAAAUCUGGCAUUUUCGGCAAAUCUGCGCCUGUCCAAAGAAGUGUCUUGGGAAGAACGGAAGCAACGGGUGCAAGAUGUUAUCAACGAACUUGGCCUUAAUCUGUGCUCAGAGACAAAGGUUGGGACUGAGUUCAUCCGGGGGGUCUCUGGUGGGGAGAGGAAGCGGACCAACGUUGGUAUGGAGCUGAUCACAAAACCAUCAGUGCUGUUCUUGGAUGAACCAACCACUGGCUUGGAUGCAAGCACAGCUAAUGCUGUCACUUUGCUCCUCUCCAAAUUGUCCAAGCGAGGGCGUACCAUCAUCUUCUCCAUCCAUCAGCCUCGGUACUCCAUCUACAAGCUGUUUGACAGAAUGCAUCUCCUGUCACUAGGCAACACAGUGUACCACGGCAUGGCCAAUCAGGCCCUAGAGUACUUUUCACAAAAUGGGUACAUCUGCGAGGAACACAAUAACCCUCCUGAUUUCUUCCUGGAUAUCAUCAAUGGAGAUUCUAUGGCCAUCACCACAGUAAUGGAGGACAGUGGAACAGGCAUUGAAGACAGCCAAGAUUCUAUUGUCAAUGUGGACUCACGGUCCGACUUACUGAGUGACAAGCUUGCCAGCCUGUUCAAGAACUCAGCCCUCCACAGCAGUCUGCAGGAGAAAGCUAGUCAGAUCUACAAGGAGUACAUGAGCACAGAGGAGGUUGAUAUGAGAAUCAUUAAGUACCCAACCUCCUUCUUGACACAGCUGUACUUCGUGUCCAAGCGGACAGUUUUGAACCUUCUGAGGAAUCCCAUGCAAACAUACAUACAGUUCAUCUUCAUGAUUAUAUUUGGCCUUGUGGUUGGGGGUUUGUACUUCCAGCUUGAUCUCUCCACCUCAGGUCUUCAGAACAGAGUUGGUGCUUUCUUCUUUCUCAUCAUGAACAUGGUCUUCAGCAACCUCAGUGCCGUGGAGCUUUUCAUCAAAGAGAGGGUUAUCUUUAUUCACGAGUCUGCCAGUGGAUUCUACAGGUGUUCUGCUUACUUCUUUGCCAAAGUCUUCUGUGAUCUUCUCCCAAUGAGAAUCAUUCCAACAUGCAUAUUCUGUGCAAUCACAUACUGGAUGAUUGGUAAGUGACAGCAAUACAGGUAUAUGUUGAGUUAGAUGCAUGUCUACUAGGCCCACUAGCCACUUAAUUUGGGUGUAAUGUGUCUUUAAUCGCAAGCUCACAUUUAACUUAGAAUAUCAGUUACACUGGAGCUGAAAGUAUGUAAUGAAAUCUAGGAUGGAGGCUAAAAAAGGUUGAUUGAUCUGUUAAUCGGUGGUGCAAACAGCAUUUUAUAGGAACCUGAAAUGUGCCCACCUUACACCUGUCCCAUUGCAUUGUGACAUAUGGACCACAAGAAAUAGUCCGAGUGUUAAAGACACACUCAUUAUUUCUGGAAGUGUCAUUACAACCAGGAAUUGAUUGAAAGUAUUGUGCAACAUUUCAUUUGGCAUAAACAUCAAGGCCAUAUGCUAAAGAGUAAAAGAAAGCUACUGUAUGGCCCUUCUGUGGUCUGGCCCAAUCUUUGAAAAUGAAGGCCUGGUGAUAACUUGUAAAUCACAUUGAAGUGGGAUAAUUUAGCCAUGUUAGGGUGAAGCACAUGCAACAUAUCAAACCAAAUUGCCAUUAGGUUGAAAAUUCACUGACAUCAUGUUUUCUCUUAUACUGUAUAUGGUUUACUGUAUAUGGUUCAUGUUGACAAAAAUCAAACUUCACAGUUGAGUGCUUUACAGGUUGUCAAAAAUUUUCCCAAAGUUCUCACCUGCAGUUAUUAUUAGUAUUAUUUAUUUCUGAUAAUGACACCAAGGAUUCUUCAAAAGCUCCCUAGGCACACUGUACUGGUAGCUUUUAAGCCUGAAGAAAUGUGUCGAGAGGAUACAAUGAGAAGCAGUUACAGUUUUAGAGGUGGGAAGACACCCCAGAGGAGUAUUCUGGGUAAAACCCGUAGAAUCAGGUGGGGAGUGAAAAUCCAAUCCACAUGUAGACCGAGCCGGGAUUCAAACCCAGACCGCAUAGAUGGAAGGGAAGGAAAGAACGACUAUAUCAACCUGACUCCCCAAGUCUCAAUAAGAAGUCACAUGAAUUGUAUAUUGUAAACAUUCCUGGGUUAAAGUUAACCACCUGCCGCCGGGGAGCCCGGUUUCGGGCACAUAUUCUUUAUAUGUAUAGCCGGGGUCUCCAAAAUCAAACUAAGGGAACUCGGCCUUGUAACAAAACCAUACUCGUAACAAAAGACCAGGCUGCUGGGAAUUACAGUGAACUCCGACUAAGUCGCCAUUGCGUAACUCGUUAUAUCAUCCAAGUCAGCCAUUUGACAAAGUCUUGAUCGCCUGUGAUGCAUUUCCAUUGAAAAUUUCAUUUCUAAGUCGGCAUUUAUAAGUCGUCAUUUUGUAUAAGUCGGCACGUUUGCUUUGUUUAAGUCGGCAUUAGAAAAAAAUGGUGCUUUGGUAUUGGUUUCCUUCACCACGGUUGCCAAAGAGUGUCAAGGGCGAGUCCCAUGCGUGCGCGGCCAGCAUGAAUACAUCAAUACCAGUAACCCCUCUAGUGCUACAUGCAUGAGCUCUGUCCAUUUUGAGGGUCGCUUUAUUAAAUGUAAUCUGUUUCCCUGCCCAAAUAUUCCCAGACAACCCUUGAUAAUGAUUCGUUGGGUAGUCAGAAUCAUUGGGUCUGGUAUCCAGACUAUAUUGAGUGAACUUAACCAAUGCAUGAGUGUGAUUGAGAGUGUGUUUUCUGUAUACAGUAACUGUAUCACAUACAUGUACGUACUGCACUGUAGAAUCGUAAUGUGAUAUGCAAGUGGCUUGCCAUCUUUGCUUCGUCAUUAGGGGCACAUAAUUAAAUAUCAAAUUUGCAGCCCGUUAGGACAAAGAACAAAUUUGCUGGGAUCGACCAUGGAGCCAGGGUAGACCAGGGUAAAUCAAAGCCAUUGAAUUAGUGCAAGGAAUUAUAAUGUACAUACUGUAGGCAAUACAUGUGUACGUGUAAGUUGGCAAAAUGAUGACUUACACGUACAACACAAGUUGGCAUUUGUGUAAGUCGUCAUAAUUCUUGAGUUCCGAGAACGCUGGCUUAGUUGGAGUUUGCUGUACCGACAUUUUUUCACUGUCAGAAGUGGAGAAAAUUCAGCAUUUUUUUGAAACA